CUGCCAAAUAAAAAUUAAAAUCACUUCAUGUGUAAAUUACAUAUGCUCAAGCUUUUUGGUUAUUGUGUGCACUAAGUUUAAAAAUACAUUAAAUCAGAAUCCAUUGCAAUAACUGCAUUUUAAUAAAAAGUAAUUUACGUUCUAUGACGUGAUCUUCAAAUUCUUCAAUAUAGUGAAUUGAAUUAGAAUAGAAAUUUUGAGUAAUAGGUUGAUGGUGGAUUGAUUUUCUAUUAUUUUUUUGGGAUUAUAUUGAUUAAGAUUAUGUCGGGAGGUCACAAACAUCGCUACAAGAAUGUGGGACUCAGUGCUGAUGAACUACGUCGUCGGCGUGAAGAGGAGGGUGUGCAACUGCGGAAACAAAAAAGAGAGCAGCAACUUUUUAAAAGAAGAAACGUAAACUUGCCCGGGCCUAAUGCACCUGAUAUCACACUGCAGGAGGACAUCGGCAUUUCCCCUUCCGAAGACAUCACACCGGCUAUGGUCGCCGCUCUCUAUGGUGAUAAUCCCCAAGAACAAGUUUUGGCAACGCAGAAGUUUAGAAAACUUCUAAGUCGGGAACCGAAUCCUCCCAUCGACGAAGUCAUACGAACAGGAAUAGUUCCUAAAUUCGUCGAAUUUCUAACGAACAGUGCCAACCCCACACUACAGUUCGAGGCGGCGUGGGCGCUGACCAACAUCGCGUCGGGCACGUCGGAGCAGACGCGCGUGGUGGUGGAGUGCGGCGCCGUGCCCGUGCUGGUGGCGCUGGCGGGCGCGGGCGCGGACGACGUGCGCGAGCAGGCCGUGUGGGCGCUGGGCAACGUGGCGGGCGACUCCACGCGCUGCCGCGACGCCGUGCUGGCGGCCGGCCUGCUGGCGCCGCUCGUGGACAUCCUCAAUAAGUACUCGCGCCUGUCCAUGACGAGGAACGCCGUGUGGACGCUCUCCAACCUGUGUCGAGGCAAAAACCCCCCCACGAACUUCGAAGCCGUCGCUCCGGGCAUCCCGGUGCUGGCGCGGCUGCUGCACCACACGGACGCCGACGUGCUGAGCGACGCCUGCUGGGCGCUGUCCUACAUGUCGGACGGGCCCAACGAGAAGAUCCAGGCCGUCAUCGACGCCGGCGUGUGUCGGCGACUCGUCGAGUUGCUCGUACACAACAAGUACACGGUGGUGUCGGCGGCGCUGCGCGCGGUGGGCAACAUCGUGACCGGCAACGACGUGCAGACGCAGGCCGUGCUGCUGUGCAAGCCGCUGCCCAGCCUGCACGCGCUGCUGCGCUCCGACACCGAGGCGCUGCGCAAGGAGGCCUGCUGGACGCUCUCCAACAUCACGGCCGGCAACGCCGCGCAGAUACAGGCCGUCAUAGACGCCAACAUUUUCCCGACGUUGAUAGACAUUCUCAGGAACGCGGAAUUUAAAACUAGGAAAGAAGCCGCUUGGGCGAUAACCAAUGCGACCAGUGGAGGAACACAUGCGCAAAUAAGUUAUCUUGUAGAACAAGGUUGUAUACCGCCGCUCUGUGAUCUGUUGACGUUGACCGACAUGAAGACCGUUCAAGUGGCUCUGAACGGUAUCGACAACAUAUUGAAGGCGGGUCAGCAAGCCGACCAACGCUACAAUCCGUACGCCGUCCUCAUCGAGGAAUGCUUUGGCGUAGAUAAAAUCGAAUUUCUGCAAUCGCACGAGAACCUGGACAUCUACCAGAAGGCGUUCGAGAUCAUCGAGAACUACUUCAACUCGGAGAGCGAGGACGGGCGGCUGGCGCCCGACGUGUCGGCCGGCGAGCAGUUCACCUUCGGCGCCGACCCGGCCGUGCCGCGCGGCGGCUACCAGUUCUGAGCCGGCCGGAUGCCUGUCCAACAGACAGUGGUGUAUCACUGUACGAACUGGUGAAUAAACUACCUACUCCAGAGUAAAUAUAUUUUGCACUUAUUAAGCAGUAGUUUAGAUCAUUAUGUUAAUUUAUAUCGCGAACUAUUAAAAAAAAUUAACCUCGCCUUCUUUCGUUUCGCUAUUGUAGAUAACAUAACUAUACCCUGUUCACUUUCCAUAUGAAAAUUACUAACGAAGCGUCGCUAGGCUAAUUUUAAUAAUUAAACGAUUGUAAUUUAAGAACUAUUUUAGGGUAUAAUUUGAUUGACAAAACAGAACCAUAAAAAAGCAUUCAUUAGUGAUUCUGUCACGAAGAAGAAAAAAUCAACAUGAACUUUUAGUGUAAAAAUGUGUUUAUUAAAUAAAUUAAUAUAUGUAAAUGACCACGUUUGUUGAAAUAGCGAGAGCUAUUACCGUUUGUCUACUAUUACGAUUCGUUAUUAUUAUAAUUUCAUUUGUGUCGACUUAACGACAUGGGGACAUGAGGGCACUCCCGGCCGGAGGUGUCAUCAAAUAGUCCCAGCUUUUAGUCUAGGAUAUUGUUUCUAUCAUAUUAUAAAUAUUAUUGUAUUUAUAUAAUGUCGACCCAAUUAUUUAAAUAACUAUAAUUAAUACAAUCUAUCUUGAUUGCUAUAUGUAUGCAUUAAAUGAUAAUGAGUUGGUUGGUAUAAAGAUUUAAAGUCAAAUGUAUGCUUGGUGCAAAUUAAUCAUAAAUGGAUAACAAAUGUUUACAAUGUUUUGAUAAUAUGGUAAACUUAGCUACGGCCGUAAGGUUUUUCUUCAAUAUAUAGAUGACGCAUAUCUCAAAUAAAUGGAGUUGUGGUCAUAGAACAUUAUAAAAUUGAAUGGUUUCUAAAGGUAUCAAAGCCUCUACCUCAAGAUAAAAUUUCUUUGUGAAAGAGAUGCAUCAAGCUGUUCAUAGAAAAAUUAAAUGCUAAUCAGUUUUGAAUAACCUUUCGAAGUGACCAUGUUUAUUUACCUUGACUUUAUUUUGUGUAUUCAUUGCACUAAGAAAGUGACCAUGGUAUAGCUCUUUCUUUAUUGUAAAUUAUGUUUUUAUUGGCAACUAUUUGUUAAAAGCAACUUUCCAUGUUGUUAUGUGAUAAAAACAUUUUAAUUCGUUAUAUUGAAUUAAAUAUUGGUACCAACACA